UGUCCUUAUCCGAACAACUACGGGGCUAUCGAGUACAUUCACUCAAACGUACAUCUGUGGAUCGGAGGAGACAUGAAACCACCCAGUACCUCGGCAAACGAGCCAAUCUUCUUCAUGCAUCACGCCUUCGUCGAUUAUCUGUGGGAACUAUGGCGUCAGCUGAAACAACCGAGAUGGCUUAGAGAAGUGGCGUACUCAGCCGAUAACGGUUACUGCACCAACCAACUUCACUUCAGCUGGGCUUACAUGCGUCCUUUCCCUUACUUAGCAAACAGAGAUGGUAGGUACAAAGAUGAGCUUGAUCUUUUCCUCANUGAGAAGUAA